AUGUGCGGAACUACCCAAGCCCUGUUGAUGCCGGAGUCAAUGCUCAACUGCUUUAGUUUCGACAAAAGCCUCUACCCGAAUGUUGCUCUUGUAACUGACCUGGUAGCCUUCCACAUCGAAUCCUCAGACCACGACGUCAUUCAGGGCGUAACUCCCCCGCCAGACUCCUCCUACGCACUCGGCGCUCCUUCGAGGCCUCCUUCACGAUCGAAUAACCGGUCACCUUUGGGUAGGAUGGUGGAAUUGACUGCGGCACAAGUGCCCGGUACUACUCUUGCUCACAACGUCGACAACGCGCUGACCAGGACGGCAGGUGUUCCGAAUAGCCAUACCCAGGAAGAAGAUGAUGUGCAACGAGCGCUCCGCGAGUCGGCUCAAGAGGCUGGAAUCACACUACCCCAGGACGAGACGGGUGUCACAGAACCUUCGGCCUCUUUACCAUAUUUUGGACCUGCAGUCCGAAGCGACUAUGAUCAGAACAGCUGGGCCAUGGUUCCUGUUGGGCCCGCUAAGGAGAGCUCACCUAGCGACCCUCCGCCUUCAAAGAGAAAAAGAGCUCCGGGUUCUCCUGCUUUUCUCGUCUUGAGCAAUUUCGAUUCUGGCCACAAAUUAGGCGGCCUUCUUACGAUCUUGCACGAAAUUCCCAUCGCCCGGAAUGUGCUCCUCGGACUAGGCACGCAUACCUCGUCCUAUGGCCAUCGUAACGACUGGUGGAAAGGGCAAGAAAUCCUAUCCCCCGAGGUUCAAGCCAAGAUGCUCGAGGAACUACGCUGGGAACACCGGAGCCACAAUGAGACCGCCUUCGAUGAGGAAGUCCACCGUCUGAUGGCGUUUUUGGAUGACACAGAACGUGCUUACGGCUCAGCUUCAGUUCUCACAGAGCUUUUUCCUGAAGUGGACAGAGCCAUUGAAAGGAAGUUCUAUGACCUGAUUGAUAGCCGGCACGGAGACCAGACCCAAGCUAUAAUGCAACUUGCAGUCCUCGGCAAAUUUCAUGAAGACGGCGACUCAGAUCUGGAUGAGGUCAAGUUUGGCUUGCUCGACAUUGAACUUUCACCGAAUGAAGACGGUUGCACCAAGACUCUCUACGAGGCACUAGAUCACAUAAUGUGGAGUGAUGCCCUGGGCUGUGAUGGUAUCCAUGCAGGAUCUAAGAUGGCCUUUUUCAAGGAGACGGGAGAGGUUUUGGCCCUUAACAUUGGUGGCGACGGACCCCGCGACUCCAUCGAGAUACCCCAAGAGCUAUACCUGGAGAGGUAUUUGUCGACUCGAAAGGAUGAGGCCAAGCGCAUUCAACGAGCCUGGCGGCAGACGAAGCGAGAAGCAGGGAGAAUCGAAAAUCAGAAACAGCAGAUUUAUCGACUGUGGGAUGAUUGGGACAACGGAAAAUACAACGACAAGCGCGUGCUACUAAAGAAGGCAACAGAGCAGUGGGGAGAAUAUCGCAGCUACCUGGAGGGCUUGGCACGUUUCCAAGAGAUGGAGAAUUCGGGAUUGCAGACGGACAAAUACCCUGAUUAUCGAGCUGCUCCAUGCCGGCUGGAUGGCGACGCGCAAAAGCAACAUGAGAAGGUUGCCCAAGUGAUUGAAUAUUCGGAGCAACUUCUCGCGAACCUUGAAACAAGGAUGAAGGGCCUUGACGCAGAACUGGAGCAAAUCGUGGGCAAACAAAGAGCACUGGGCAGGCUUUUGACUGUGCCGGACAAGCCAGGUCGUCCAAAGCCCAUGACUUGCAAGAAGUAUCUUCUUCGUGGCGUGGCUACAACUUCCAACAUCAUCUAUGUUUGCCGACGGGGAGAGGCAGAUCUCAUAGAGUUGGAUGAUGAAGCCAAGAAGCCAUCGGAUCAGUGGUGGAGGAUGGCAUAUACCCCUGGCGAGGAACAGCCAGUCAAGGUAGAGGUAGGAGAGCCGAGACUUGUAACACUCAGGGCCGUUCUAACGAAGCAACAGAAAAUCGAGAUCGAGCGAGUGUUCCGUGACAUGUGGCAGGAGACCAAGGUCCCCCUGUUGGUCUAUGCAACAGAUGAAGCCAUCGACGCGCCAAAGAGUCCCCUUCCAAGCCAGCUGGAACGAUUCGUCAAAGCGGAGAAUAAGACCUUUCACCAGGAACUGAAUCAAGAGCGGAACGAGACGAGCGAGACGAAGCGAGCGACAUUUGUGGACCCUAUUUCGCCAUCCAAGAGAAAGCACCGAUCCGAUAGUGUAUGUUCCAUGGACAGCAACCGAGCUUCGCUGGGUAGUGACGACAGGAACGGCUUCGACAACCCAUUCGAAGACCAGGACGACGCUAUCGGCACUGAAAUGACCGAAUUUGGAAACCCACCCGACCACGCCCACAGUUUCGAUGCAUCCCAGGACACUCUUCCUGCACUGAUCCCCCAACCUGCAUCAGCUCUGGAGCUCCUUACUGAGGCAGCAUCAGCCACAAUGACGCCAAGUACGGUAGGGGCCGACCGGGUGGAGAGCUCGCCGGCAAAGAGUCCACCGGCGGUGACGGAAGAGUCUCGGACCCCGGAGAUGCAGGAGCGGGCACGACCCCCGGCUUUCAUAACCCUGCCGGCCAAUUCUCCGGAGCCAACAGCUAAGAAGGAAAACGGUGACCUCAUGGAUAUGGAAAUUCCGGAACACUAA